AUGUUCUUGGGACUCUGGGCUAUCUUUCACCUUAUGCUCUGCUUUGCAGCUCCCAUAAGACAGCGAGGACACCAUGGCCUUGCAUCCUUCAAGCUCCUGUGGUGCUUGUGCCUCCUGGCCCUCACGUCCCUUCUGCAGCAGGUCAGCACCCCCUACAAGAUAUGGGUCGUGGGGCCCUGGGCUUGUGAUCUGUUGUUCUCAAAGGCCCUGCCUGAGUGUUUUGCUCGACUAGCCACUUUGUAGAUUAACAGGGACCCAUAAUUUGCUUUUGAAUAUGUGAUUCUCAGUGAAGACUGCCGGUCUUCCGGGGCACUUUCCAGUUUCAUUUCCCACCACCAGAUGGCAUUAGGAGUUAUUGGACCUACCAACCCUGGCUACUGCGAGGCUGCCUUGCUCCUGGGAAACAGCUGGGACAAAGGGAUUUUCUCCUGGGCUUGUGUAUAUUAUGAACUAGACAAUAAAAAUAGCUACCCGACCUUUACUAGGACACUCCCUUCUCUGAUCCGGGUGCUGGUAACUGUCAUGAGAUACUUCCAAUGGACUCAUGCUGGAGUCACUUCGUCAGAUGAAGAUAUUUGGGUGCACACAAGAGUCCCAAGUGCUGUUUGGAGCUAAGGCCUACCAGCAGAGGUCGUCCUGACUACAGGACAGGACAGUCAAAGCACUGGGAAAGCUUUCCAGCGCAUUGGCCAGGUUGACAAAGUUCGCAGGGAGGUAAUCAUCAUGUGCAUGCAUUUGGCCUUAAUUGGGGCAGAGACUCAGAUGCAUCUCUUGGAAUGGGCUCAUGAUCUGAAAAUGACUGAUGGAACCUAUGUCUUUGUUCCCUAGGAUGCUCUGCUCUUCAGUUAACCGUAUAGCAAGCAUACCCACUACCAUAUCCUGAGGAACACCCCCAAACUGUAAGAAGCCUAUGAUGCUGUGUUGACCAUUACAGUGGAGUCCCAAGAAAAGACCUACCAAACCUACACAGAGACAGCAGCUAGAGGUGAAAUUCCCAAGAAGCUGGAGUCAGAUCAAGUUUCACUGUUGUUUGGAACCAUCUACAAUUCAAUUUACUUUAUCGCACAAGCCAUGAAUAAUGCUAUGAAAGAAAAUGGACAGGCUAGUGCUGCCAGGCUGGUUCAGCAUUCACGAUGCAUGCUGUUCUAUGGAUUCAAACAGUUGAUAAGGACAGAUCCAAAUGGAAAUGGAAUUUCAGAGUAUGUAAUCCUGGACACCAACUGGAAAGAAUGGGAACUCCAUAGUACUUACAUUGUGGACAUGGAAAUGGAGCUCCUACGGUUCAGGGGGACCCCCAUUCACUUCCCUGGUGGCAGGCCCCCUUGAGCAGAUGCAAAAUGUUGGUUUGCAGAAGGAGAGUGGAAUGACCCUGUCUUUGCUAUGAUGGCCUGCCUUGCUUUGCUUAUAGAUCUGCUAUCCAUUAAUGGAUUUGCUUACUUUAUAAGGUGUCAUAUAAAUAAAAUCCAGUUGAUUAAAGGACCCAGCAGAAUUCAACUGACUUUAAAGUAUGUGACGCUUAUCAAUCCCCACUUUGGCAGUAAGAAAGGAAGUCGUGCCAGUGCAAGCUUCCAGAUCAUCUCAGAGGUCCAAAGUGGGAGGUUCCCAAGGCUCUCCUUAGGGAGUCUAACUCUAGUUACCUAUGAAAAGUCCAACAUAGCGAUUUAUGAGGGUGAUUGUGUGUGGCUGAAAAAGUUCCCCUCUGGAUAUUUUGGAGACAUUAAGUCCAUCAAAUCAAGGUCAAGUGAUAUGUUUGAAAUGAUGAAGGACCUUCAUCAUGAGACUAUUAACCCUUCAUUGGGCUUCUUAGGGAUGUUUGCCAUUGUGACAGAAUUCUGUUCCCAAGGGAGCCUAGACGAUACACUGACAAAUUAGGAUGUAAAACUUCACUGGAUGUUUAGAUCACCCCUCCUGGUGGAUCUUAUCAAGGGCAUGAAGUACUUACACCACAGAGUAUUUGCUCACGGGAGGCUGAAGUCUCGGAACUGUGUGGUAGAUGGGCGUUUUGUACUAAAAGUGACAGAUUAUGGCUUUCAUGACAUCUUGGAAAUGCCAAGGCUCUUCCAAGAGGAAACUUCUGUGGACGAGUUAUGGUGGAUGGCCCCUGAACUGCUGUGAGCCCCGAAGGGCAGCAGGUUAGGUUCCUUUGCAGGAGACGUCUAUAGCUUUGUCAUCAUCAUGCAAGAAGUGAUGGUCCACGGCACCCCACUCUGCAUGAUGGAUCUGCCUGCCAGAGAGCUGAGAAACAGACUCAAGAAACUUCCUCCUGUGUACCGACCAGUGGUCCCUCCUGAGUAUGUCCCUCCAGAAUGUCUUCGGCUGAUGAAGCAGUGUUGGGCUGAGGCUGCACAAUAGCGACCAACUUUUGAUGAAAUAGUUAACCAGUUUAAAAUUUUCAAUAAAGGGAAGAAGACCAAUAUCAUUGAUUCCAUGCUUUGGGUGUGGGAGCAAUAUUCUAGCAACUUGGAAGAUUUGAUCUGGGAGUGGACUGAAGAGCUGGAAAUUGAAAAACAGAAAAUGGAAAAGCUUCCAACACAGAUGCUACCACCAUAUGUAUCAGUUGCUGAAUCCUUCAAAAGGGAUUGCACAGUUGAACCUGAGGGCUAUGACUUGGUCACCUUGCAUUUCAGUGACACUGUGUGCCUCACCACCAUCUCAGCCAUGAGUGAGCCCGUUGGAGGGGUAGAUCCUCUCAAUGACAUGUACACACUCUUUGAUGCCAUUGUUGGCAGCCAUGAUGUCUACAGGGUAGAGACCAUUGGUGGUGCUCAAAUGGUGGCCUCAGGCAUCCCAAAGAGGAAUGGCAGUAGGCAUGCAGCUGAGAUUGCAAUCAUGUCCCUAGAUAUCCUGAGCUCCGUGGGUACCUUCAAGAUGUGGCACAUGCCAGAGGUGCCAGUCAGGGUACCAAUAGGCCUACAUUCCCGGUCCGUUGUUGCUGGAGUGGUGAGCCUCACUAUGCCUAGAUACUUUGGAGACACUGUGAACACAGCUUCUCAGAUACAAUGAACAGGGUACAUGAUUUAUCACAUUCGUGUCAGUCACAGCACAGUGACAAUUCUUCGAGCUCUGAAUGAGGGCCAUGAAGUGGAGCUUCAAGGAAGGACAGAGCUCAGGGGCAAAGGCACUGAAGAGAACUUCUGGCUGGUUGGAAAAAAAGGCUUCACAAAGCCACUUCCUGUGUCCCCACCAGUGGGUAAAAAUGGGCAAGUGGGCCAUGGCAGGCAACCAGUAGAGAUCGCAGCCUUCCAAAGAACAGCAGAAAGGCAGCUGGUAAGAAACAAGCCAUAA